AGAGAGAGAGAGAGAGAGAGAGAGAGAGAGAGAGAGAGCGAGAGGGAAAGCGCUUCCUUUUAAUCAGCAGCAGAGACGUUGAGCCCCAGAGUGCUCUUGCUGUGGCUUGCAGAAGUGAGAAAAAAAAAAAAGAAGACAAGUUUUGCGUUUAGCUGCUUCCUCUUCAUGAGUUCGAUCGCCGAAAACAAGGAUUAGCAAGCUUGGGUUUUCGGGAGGAUAAGAUCAAAGUAGUAAAAAUGAGAGGCUCCUAGGUGAUGAAGAGAGAGCCCAACUCCGGCCAAAUCAUUUUCCCCGAUCACAACUCCGCUGACGCCAGUGACAUCGACAUUCUCCUCGCCGACGUGAGAACGAACUUCGCCAAGUACCAAACUUGUCAGAAAAUUUCAGCAAUUAAGAGAGAGGACGGAAAGAUCGGAGAUAUUGAAACACGCAACAAAGAAUUACCUUCAGUUAUUCUCCAUAAACCUUCCGCGUAGCCUCCACGGACGACGGUAACAGAAGACAGAAAUUUCAGUCCAUUUUUUCCCGCUUCCUUCUAGCGUGUUUUUAAGAAUUCCAUCCUCACUUGGUGCAUCUCAGUUUUACAAAAAGGAAGAAGAACAAAGAUUUUGCAUCUUCAAGAGAAUCCCAGUAUUAUGUUUCAUCUCAUUUUAGUCAGGUGUCUGGUAAUAUGAUCUUCUCCUUCCAGUAGAUCUUUUUUUCCCCCCCUUUUCAUGGAGAUAAAUCUUGAGAUGCCUUCACACGAGCAGAAGAAACAAAAUACUGGUUCAAAUAAAAAUAUUGAUGUCAUGGAUAACGCAUAUGGGUUGCAUGUUACUGAAGAGGAGAUGUAUUCUCCUACAUGUGAAUAUGUCGAAGAAGCCUGUGGGCCAAAUGAAAAUGACGGUUGUACUGGUGGUGGAGAUCAUGUAGAAGGGAAUACUCUCAAAGCUGAUGCAGUUAGUAAAGGUGUAACUAUUGAGCCCCAAAAUGGUUUAGAAUUUGAAACAAAGGAGGCAGCAUAUUCUUUCUACAGAGAAUAUGCUCGAUCUAUAGGAUUUGGCAUCACAAUAAAAGCCAGUCGGCGUUCUAAAAAAUCUGGAAAAUUUAUUGAUGUAAAAAUUGCAUGUUCUAGAUUUGGAAGCAAGCGCGAGUCAAGUGCAACUGUUAAUCCACGAUCAUGCAUAAAGACAGAUUGCAAAGCAGGCAUGCAUAUGAAGAGGACACAGGAUGAGAAAUGGAUUAUAUAUAGUUUCAUAAAGGAGCAUAACCAUGAGAUUUGUCCGGAUGAUUUUUAUAAUUCCAUCCAGGGACGAAAUAAGCAAUCUGGAGUAGUUGCAUGCCAAAAGAAAGGGCUGCAGUUGGCUUUAGAUGAGGAUGAUAUACAAGUCAUGCUGGAGCAUUUUAUGUGCAUGCAGACUGAAAAUCCUAAUUUCUUUUAUUCAUUAGAUCUUGAUCUUGACAAGCGUUUGAGAAAUGUGUUCUGGAUUGAUGCGAAAGGCCGGCAUGAUUACAAUUUUUUCUGUGAUGUUGUUUUCCUCGAUACCUUUUAUGUAAGAAACAACUAUAAGGUUCCUUAUGCUCCCAUUAUUGGAGUCAACCAUCACUUCCAAUACAUGUUGCUUGGAUGUGCAUUGAUUGGAGAGCAGACUACUUCGACUUUCAUUUGGUUAAUGCAGACAUGGCGUAAGGCAGUGGGUGGCCAAGCUCCUAAAGUAAUUAUUACUGAGCAAGAUAAAUGCUUAAAUGAAGCUGUUUCAGAUGUGUUCCCUGACACACGCCACUGUUUCUGUUUAUGGCACAUAUUGAGUAAGAUGCCUGAAAAUUUGCCUUGUGUUGCAAAUGAAGGUGAAAUUUUUAUGGCCAAAUUCAAUAAAUGCAUUUAUAGGUCUUGGACAGAUGAGCAAUUUGAAAAGAGAUGGUGGAAAAUGGUUGAUAAGUUUGAACUAAAGGAUGACGAAUGGGUUAACUCAUUGUUUGAAGACCGUAAACGAUGGGUUCCAACAUAUAUGCAAGAUACAUUUUUAGCUGGAAUGUCUACAACUGAGCGAUAUGGAAGUAUAGCCUCUUUAUUUGACAAGUAUAUUCACAAGGAAGGUACAUUCAAGGAGUUUAUGGAGCAGUAUAAAAUAUUUUUGCAAGAUUUGAGUGAAAUGGAAGUCACAGCUGGUUUUGAAACACAAAACAAGCAAACUGCCUUAAGAUCUCAGUCAUCAUUUGAGAAACAAGUGUUGGGAGUCUAUACAGAUGCAGUAUUUGAGAAAUUUCAGGUUGAGGUCUUGGGGGCAGUUUCAUGUCAGCUUCAGAAGGAAAGUGAAGAUGGGCCAACUUGUAACUUCCGAGUUGACGAUUUUGAAGAACGACAGAAUUUUCUUAUAGCAUGGAAUGAAGCAGCAUUGGAUAUUCAUUGUUUAUGCCGUUCAUUUGAAUAUAGAGGUUUUCUUUGUAAACAUGCAAUCCUUGUUCUUCAAAUGUCUGGUCUUUCCAACAUACCAUCCCACUAUAUAUUAAAGAGGUGGACAAAAGAUGCAAAGAUCGCUCAAAGUGCUAGUGUAAUAUCUAAAAAUCUUCCUUAUAGGGUACAGCGUUUCAACGAUUUAUGUAAGCAAGCCAUCAAACUGUGUGAAGCGGGGUCAUUAUGUGAAGAAGCUUAUCAUAUUGCAUUUCAGGCCUUAGAAGAAGUCUUGAAAAGUUGUGUAGGUGUCAAUAAUUCUGUUAGAAGCGCUUCAGCACCCAACACACUGGCUGUUCAUGGUUUUCUUGACAUUGAAGAAGAGAACCGUAGCAACAAUAUGGCCAAAUCAUCUAAGAAAAAGAAAAUAUAUAAGAAGAGAAAGGUACUUUCUGAACCAGAAGGGCCAGCAGUUGGUUUACAAGACUGCUACCAGCAAUUGGAAAAUAUCAACUCCCGAGCACACACUACUGAAAAUUGCUAUGUUCCACAACAGGACAUACACGAUGUGGAAUUGGGCUCCAGGGCACAAGCCCUUGAUGGUUUCUAUGGUCCUCAACAUGGCAUGCAGGUGGGACAAUUGAACUCAAUUUCUCCAAUUCGUGAUGGUUACUAUAGCCACCAUCAAGGCUUGCCAGGCAUGGGGCAGUUACAUUCAAUACUGACAUGUGUUAGUUCUUACGGGUCCCAACAAAGCAUGCAGGCGCUGGGCCAGAUAGGCUUUAGGACACCAACUGUGCAGGGUUGUUUUCACAUACACAGUAAUUUGCAAGAUACGGCAUUGCAGGAACAGCCUGUUGGGUCCACACAGUAUCAGAGUACGGCAACAAAGCAAUUACAUGAUAAGCGUCAUUCCCAUUAACCCAAAUACUGAUAUGUCUCUAAUCUCUGUAUAGAUAAUUUAAUCUUCCUCUAGUGCUUUUUUUUUAAUAAUCCAGUAUGACAGAUGCUCUACCAAGUUCCAUGUCUAUACUUAAGAUUUAUUAGGAAAAAGAAAGAGGGAGGACUCUUGUAUAAAACAAGCCAAUCAAUAGGAGCAUUAGCUUUUUUUUGUUCAGGAUAGAUGCACAUUAUCCUUUGGUUCAGUUGGGUUCAUUUUGUGAUGAGCAUUUCCACAUUUAUUUUGGCUUC